GCUCAAGUGGUUUUUCAGAGGUCUCGCUCUGAGGGGACCUGACGCAUCGCAAUCAUGGGCAAGCGGCAGCCUGUGCUGCUGGCACUGGCAAUCCUGGCCUGUGGAUUGGUGGCCCUGAAUCAGGCGUUCGUUGCGGGCCCUGGCCAGCAGCCGGCACUUCGUGGUCAGGAGGCUGCUUUGGCAGGUGCGGUGCUGGCUGCUCUGCCUGCCAGCCCUGCCCUGGCAACGGACCAGGCUUCGGACAGCUUCAGCAAGACUGAUGUGAUUGUGAUCUUGGUCCCCAUUGUCGUCACCUGGAUUGCCUUUCUGGACUGGGAUGCCAGGCAGCCUUCUGCUGAUGACGUGACCGGCGUUGGCUACCUGGGCCCGACUGUGGAUGGCCCAUCGCCGGACCAGCCUGCCUACUACCGCCGCAGCCCUGAAACGGCUGAGCGAGUCUAUGUUUUGGCUUGCUGUCAGGCUGGAUAGCGUUGCGAAGAUGCGCCAGAGG